CAAGUUCCAGUGCAGGGAAGAAAAAAAAAAAAAAAACUUUUUGCCCACACAAACCCUCACACGUCUUUUGUGGGAGUUGCAGCCAAAGUCAACUUGCGCAGACAUUUUUUCCCCCCUCCCCUCUCCUCGAUUCCUCGUGUUUAUUCAUUUAGGAUUCGGAGAAGAAUUUAAGUGAGGUAUCACUUUCCUCUCCGCUGCCCGACAGGACUUGACGCUGUACCCGGUCUUGCCUACCGACUGUCUUCCAGACUCGCGGCACGGUCGCUUUGCGUUCCCAUCAGCUGUCUGCAGACUAACGGAGAAAGGACUUGCUGCCGCACCACGUCCUUUCCAGGUUAUUCCUCGUGCAUUCACCGCGGACCUCCAACAAUCAACACACCUCCUCUUCUUCCUCCGUUGCCCUGACGAAAUCGAUAUCGUUCGACCGACUAUCGAGUUCCCCUCGCCUGUCUUUUUCGCACACGGAACGGACGGCUUUUUCCUCGGCUUUUCCCGACCGUUUGGAUUGGGUUUCAGUCUCGACGGAAGCUCUCCCAUAGACAUCUUUCGAUCGACCGGCCCUUUCGAGUCGCAACUCCUAAUCCAACGACUGCAGUCCCUUGCCCUGCCAUAUCUGGUUCAGCCUUUAUCCCGAUAGCUUGGGGAAUUUGUCCUCUGCCUCUCCGGACGAUUGCUGGGGAGGCAUCCCAACCCUUGGGGCCGAGGCACACGGAUUAUCGUUGGUGCCUUGAGUUGCGCAAAUUCACUUCUAAAAUUUUCUUUUUUUUUUCUCUCACUCCCCCGAGUGAUUUGAUUCGUCAUGGCUUCCACAUCGCCGAAGCCCGCCUCAUCUGCGGACACGCCAGCGAGCGCUCCCGCUUUCUCAUAUGCACAGGCUGCCCGUGGUCAGGUCGCGACUCCCGCGACUACUCCGCAGCCAGAAAGCUCCGCACCACCCUCGACGACGAAUACAGUCGGCUCGUCGGUCACCUCAUCCAAUGCGUCAGACGUGCAAGAUAUUCCCAAAGCCCUUCAGGAUUCUACAGAUCUCUCAACCGUCAAAGUUACAGACUCGGAGCUGAGCUCCGUGGUAGGGUCAACCACCCAGGAAUCUCGUGACGAUGCGGUGUCUAUCGCUGGAUCGCAGUCCCAGCCUGCUUCCAAGGGAUCUGAAACACGAAGACCUCGCAAGGGCAAGAAGGGCAAAAAUCAGGACAAGACAAAGGAGGAUGAGCAGGACCGGGCGAAGGAGAACCUGAAGACUGUUGAGCAGGUCAAGGUCCAAUUGUCCGAAGCUCCCAUCCCCUCGGUCAAUGUGUGGCAGGAGCGUGCCAAGCAGAACCCGGCGCCGGCAAAGUCGGUUGCGAGCACAACCACCGCGCCCGCUCCAGAGGCCAAGAAGGCAGAGAAUGGAUCAGCAGUCCGGGCGCCGAAGAAGCCAAUGGACUCGUCUCGCACCAAUGCUGGGACUCCGAAUGAAUCACGUAGGACGGCCCCUCGAGGGAGCAGGGUGCAAGCGGAAAAUCCUCCUUCAGUUCAGGAUCCCGCUUCGUGGCCCUCAAUAGAGCUUGCGGCUGUUGACGAUGGCAAGGGCAAGCCCACCGAGAAGCCUGUAGUGUCUGAGAAGCCCGAUGAAGCUUCGGCAUCCUCAAAACCCAAGAAGGAGUGGACUCACUUCCCUAUUACACCAACUUAUACGUACGAAACACAGUUUAGCCAGCAUGCGAAGCAACCGCGACCUCGUGGUGGAGCUCGCGGUGGUCGUGAAGCUGGAAGCACCCGUGGAGGACACGCAUCCGCAUCUGGUCCUUCCGAAGACAAGGAACCCGCCAGCGCGACUGCAGUGUCGACCAAGGGCCAGACAGAGUCCAAGGAACGACCACGAGAUGCUGCAGCUCCCCAUGCCAGGCAGACGUCGCAGGCGCCUACUGUUUCCAAGCGAGGGGGUAUGGAUUCCUCGGCUCGUGAGCCGCGCAAGGCCGCUGGCCCGUCGCCGGCGGACAAGGCCAAGGGGGAGCAUGGUGCAACAUCAUACCCAGCCAAGGGAGAUGCUCCGACUCGGGGCUCGCGGGCAGAGCUUACCAACGGAGACCAUCCUCCAGCGGAUCGUCGUAAGCACUCGGGUGAGAGGAACCACGCCAGGGGUCACGAUGCUACCGGUGAGAAUGGUCAUCAUCCGGUUCGGGAAGGUCGCGGUGAACGUGGCCGUGGCGGAUAUCGUGGGCGUGGAGGUGGCGCUGGUCACAACGGGGCUGGUCACCACCAACAGGGCAACUUUGGGCCCAACGGACAGCGAUACAUGGGCGGCGCAAAUGGAAUGGGCUCCCAGCCUUUCAACCCAGCCUCGAACCAGUUCCAAUACUCGGGUCAUGGAAAUGGUCGUAAGUUCCCCUCGCGUGCUCAAACUGGGCCCGCUCACAAUGGGCAACGCGCUCAUAACGGGGCAAACAUGCCUGGCAGGAUGCCUUCUCUUCCUGUUACAACCUCGAACCAAGAAUAUCCCAUGCAGGCGUACCCCCCGGUCUAUCCCGCCCCACACUAUGGUGAUGAGCUUAUUGUCCAAGGCCUGAAGGCUCAAAUCGAGUUUUACCUCAGUCUUGACAAUCUUGCCGGAGACCUGUACCUGCGCCAAAGGAUGGACUCUCAAGGCUUUGUGCGUCUCACCACCAUCGCCAGUUUCCGCCGCGUUGAGAGCCUCUCUCCCCGCUUUGACUUCAUCCAGGCGGCAUGCGCCCAGUCGCAAGAGAUCGACUACGUUACGGGUGACGAUGGUACUGAGCGUGUACGAUCUCGUCAUGAUAUGACGCCGUACAUCCUCGAAUUCAGCCGUCGCGCCGAAGAGGGCAAAUCCAACGGGCCGGCCAGCGUCAUCUACCACAACAUUGAUAGGCACACGCACCCAAUUCCCUAUGGAAAUGGUUACCCUCAUCACAUGUACACGUCGUCCCCGACCAACUAUCACACGGAGUUCCCAAACGCGAGUGCCAACUCGGCUGUGGACCCUCACACUUAUCCCAUGUACCCUACUAAUGGCUCUCACUAUGGUCACGGGCCAGUCAUGAACGGACACUAUCCUGUCAAUGGUCAUCAGCUGUCGGCUACCGUUCCUGACUUCUCACCAGUUUCUCAGCAACGACCAAGCAUCGAGGAGUUUCAGCAGUUCAAGGACAGCGACAUUGAGAAUCUGACUGUCGUGGUCGCGGAUAACAAGCCGCGUGUGUCGGCUAAGGGAGCCGCAGACGAAAACCUGGCAAAUGGUUCAGCAAAUCACAGCUCGAGCUCCGAGGGUGCAGACGAAGCCAACAAGACCAACUACCCCGCUUUUCACUCGCAGGCUCUUGAACAACGCAAGAAGAGCGCACCAGGAGAAACCUGCCCCGAGAUGCACAACCUUUACAGGUUCUGGGUGGAUCUCUUGUCCAACUCUUUUAACAACAAGCUCUAUACCGAGUUCCGUCAACUUGCCCUCGAUGAUGGCGCCAAGCAGCCUGCAAGCCCUGCUGGGGUGAGGUAUCUCUUGGGCUUUUACGAGAAUCUUGUCAACAGCAGGCGACCGUAUCCCACAGUGCUAGACUCUCACUACCACGAGGCACGAAAGCUCUCUGAUGCACUUUCCAGUGUUACCAACGGGGAGGUACACGCAUAGGCGCAUCGCAUCACAGUGUUGAUGAGUUGUGUUUUCUCAUUCCUGUGAUGGAGACGGAAUGAAUCUGUUUGGUUUUGUCUAAAUUUGAGAGAACCGCCAUUGAUAGUUGCACUGGCGAGACUAAGCAAGAGCCUCGGCUUUUGCGGCCGUCUUGGUAUAUUCUCUGCCCAUCCACAAAUAUAAAUCCAGCGUAUACACAAUGUGUUUUGCGUUUGGCUAUCAUCCUAUCGACUUCUCAAGAGGGACUUCCGCGGGCUUUCACUCGUCUUUUCAGUUCUUGAAAAGACAUGGCUUGCGGUAGAUCAUCAGAACGAGGCAACAACGCACGUACGGUCAUGUCUACUGGACCGUGAUUUUGGCUACAAACCUUGAUGGUUCAGCCUUGCGAUGAACUGCUGCUAUAGAUUCUACGGAUAUUAUCCCCUUUGCCCUGGCACAAAGCUUAUGGGCUUGAUCUUUUUCAAGAUUUUUUUUUUGGCACAUACUGAACUUCAUGUCAAUUGGUGUGGACCAGAGUUACAGUGGCGUUUACGCCAUGGCGCCCGAUACCAUACGGGGAUGGGGAAGACUGAUAUAUCUUCACGAGAGUCACGACCCGUUGCCCGUAGCCGAAGCUCUGUAUCCAGCUCAACGGCAGGACAUCACUCGGUCUCAAUUUGGUGUCAUGCAAAUCCCACAUCUAUCUCGGAUAGCCCGUCCUGCGGACUGGUUUCAAUACCUCGCGGCUAGAGGACGGCACAAUCUGUCAUGCUCUGCUGCUAAGCGACUUUUGCGUUAUUGGGCUGGGAUUCUUCUUUUUGGUGUUUUUUUUUUCUGCUGUUUUCAACUCUUCAAUCUCCAAUUUGCCGCAGCAGUACCCCACCCUCAAGCUGCGGUUGUUGCGGGGAGGUGUCCUCGGUUUGAGAAAUUGUUACCGUUCCAGGCAUACCAUUAGCACCGUUUUACUUCUUAUGUUUCGCACUCAAGAAAACUCACCGCUCAAAACCUUUUACUUUCAUGAGAAACCGCGGUUUUCAUCACCAGUAGCGGGACUAAUACUCGGCUGUUUUGUUGUUUUCGCAGUACCAGGCACGACUUGCAUUUUUAAAAAAAAAAAAGGGUUCUUUUACUACUGGGAGUGGGAGGAUUGUGGUAUUGUUUUUUUUUCGCUCAUAAACUUAUGUUCUCUAUGGUCAGAGACUGUUCGCAUCAGGCAAUGAAAACGGUUCGUUUUCUUUUUUCACCAUACAUAAAAAAAAGUUGGAGAGACGGGGGGCUUCAGUUUGCACUCUUUUUUUUCCAUUUGGUUCUUCUUGUUAUCUUGUCUUGAUCAUCUCGUGUCAAAAUACAUUCCCGGAAAAGACAAAAAGACCGAAUCUGAUAGUUUGGUUUGCUGGCACCCUCUGUACAUUAUACGGCUCAAUAAAUACCUUGACUUAGGUAAA